GAUCCUCCCGGCCCAGGCCGAGCUGCCCACGCUGCUGCCCGGGGCUCGGUGCCCAGCGCGGCCUCUGCCGGCUCCGGAGGACGCGGGACUGCGAGGGUGCUGUGGGCCCAGAAGCGCCCAUGCCAGAGGGCGUCCAGAACCAGGCAAAUCUGGGCCUUGCGGGCCCUUGGACCAGCGUCUAUCUGCAGAGAGCCCCCAGUAGCCGCUCAGAUCAGCCCGAGGGAAGAUUCUGGACGAGACCGUGGCUCUCCCCGGGGUGGCCCAUGGACAGCAGCAGGGGCUCCCAGGAGUGGCCAGGCCCUGCCCGCCCACCAUGCUGCAGUGUAGACACGCACAGGAGUUCAGCUUCGGGCCCCGAGCCCUGAAGGAUGCCCUGGUCUCCACUGAUGCGGCCCUGCAGCAGCUGUACGUCUCCGCCUUCUCCCCUGCCGAGCGGCUCUUCCUGGCCGAGGCCUACAACCCGCAGAGGACGCUCUUCUGCACCCUGCUCAUCCGCACGGCCUUCGACUGGCUUCUGAGCCGCCCCGAGGCCCCCGAGGACUUCCAGACCUUCCACGCCUCCCUGCAGCACCGGAAGCCCCGGCUGGCUCGGAAGCACAUCUACCUACAGCCGAUAGAUCUGAGCGAGGAGCCAGUGGGAAGCUCCCUGCUGCACCAGCUGUGCAGCUGCACCGAGGCCUUCUUCCUGGGCCUGCGUGUCAAGUGCCUGCCCUCGGUGGCGGCCGCGUCCAUCCGCUGCUCCUCGCGCCCCAGCCGGGACUCUGACAGGCUCCAGCUCCACACAGACGGCAUCCUGUCCUUCUUGAAGAACAACAAGCCAGGGGAUGCGCUGUGUGUGCUGGGCCUCACACUGUCCGACCUGUACCCCCACGAGGCCUGGAGCUUCACCUUCAGCAAGUUCCUUCCAGGGCACGAAGUGGGCGUCUGCAGCUUCGCCCGGUUCUCGGGGGAAUUCCCGAAGUCGGGGCCCAGCGCCCCUGAUCCAGCCUUGGUACAGGCAGCAGCAGAUGGCCCUGAGGCCCCCCUGCAGGACAGAGGCUGGGCCCUGUGCUUCAGUGCCCUGGGGAUGGUUCAGUGCUGCAAGGUCACGUGCCACGAACUCUGCCACCUUCUGGGCCUGGGGAACUGCCGCUGGCUCCGCUGCCUCAUGCAGGGUGCGCUUAGCCUGGACGAGGCCCUGCGGCGGCCCCUGGACCUCUGUCCCAUCUGUCUGCGAAAGCUGCAGCACAUCCUGGGCUUCAGGCUCAUCGAGAGGUACCAGGUGAGCUGGGUAAACCCAGUAGCUUCAGCCACAGCUGGGAUCUGAGGCAGCAUCUGAAGCUCUCAUUCUCCCAGCACGAGCCGGCGGACCCUGAAGGGAACGCUGAGACUGACCACAGCUGGACUUGCGCUGCCUCGCCCUCUCAGUGAAUGAGGUCCUCAGAGGCUUAAGCACGCGUUAGUUAUCCAAAAUGCUUCUGUUCAGGUGAAUGCAUGAAGCAUUGAGGUAGGUCAACUGCAUUUUGUACGGUGGGAAAGUAAUAACCAGGUUGCUUUUUGUAUUACGAAGAAAAUGAAAACCUUUCCUGAAAGGAAAGGAAGCAUAAUCUCAGAAAACUAGAUCCAGGGAAUCCCAAGUAACGCCCCCAUAUUUUAAUGCUUGACAUUCCUAAUCACUUGGAUUAAAAUCUAA